GGAGAGAAUUGCUGGGGUAGAAGCCUCAGGAUUAUUAUUUUUAAAAAAGAAAGGGUGUAAAGGAAUCCUGGGAAUUGUAGUCCCCACAACGCUGGAGGACAUCACCAGAGGGAAAACUAGGUGAAGAUGUCCACUAUGACCCAGAAGUAUUUCCUGGAAGGUCAGACAUACUCCGUUCCCCUCAUCCAGCCUGACCUCCGCAGGGAAGAAGCUAUUCAUCAGAUAGCAGAUACGCUUCAAUAUCUGCAAAAAAUCUCAGGCGAUAUCUUCAACAGGAUCUCCCAACAAGUGGAAGUCAGCCGAGCACAGCUACGAGCAAUCAAUGAGCGGGUCACCCUUGCUCAAGCCAAAAUUGAGAAGAUAAAGGGCAGCAAAAAGGCUAUUAAGGUGUUUUCCAGCUCCAAAUACCCUGCACCAGAACGGCUGCAAGAAUAUGCUUCCAUCUUCACUGGCGCUCAGGAUCCAGAGGCACAGAAACAACCGAGGCACAAGAUUCAGAGCAAGCACAGACCAUUGGAUGAGAAGUCCUUACAGGAGAAGUUGAAGUACUUCCCGGUUUCAGUUACCACCAGAGUCCGUCAUGAAGACGACGCAGAAGAAGGCCUGGGCAGCCUUCCCAGAAACAUUAGCUCCCUCAGCUCCCUGCUGCUCUUCAAUACCACCGAGAACUUAUAUAAGAAGUAUGUCUUUCUCGAUCCUUUGGCUGGCGCAGUGACCAAGACCCAUGGGGCUCUGGAGACAGAAAGAGAAGAAAAGCUUUUUGACGCCCCCCUCUCUAUCACCAAGAGGGGACAACUCGAUCAGCUGGUGGCUGAAAAUUAUUUCUAUGUACCAGACCUGGGGCAAGUGCCCGAGAUAGACGUGCCAUCCUAUCUGCCUGACUUGCCUGGCAUUGCCGCAGACCUCAUGUAUAGUGCAGAUCUGGGUCCCGGCAUUGCACCUUCUGCUCCUGGGGCUGCUAUACCUGAGCUGCCCACCUUCAGUACGGAACCCACAGAGAACUUCCGACAAGAUCUUCAACAGGGGGGACCUCCCCCUCCUCCCCCUCCCCCUCCACCCCCUCCCCCUGAAAUUCCUGUUAACAUCCCACCUCCCCCCCCUCUUCCACAAGUGCCAGCCCCUACUGAUUCUCAAGCCAGAGAAGGCAGAAGCAGCACCUUGCCAUCCGCUGCUGUUCAAAGAGCACCAAAUGAAGUUGUGAACCCAUCGAGUGGCCGGGCCACUCUUAUGGAAUCCAUCCGCAAAGCUGGUGGCAUCGGGAAGGCCAAGCUCCGUAAUGUCAAAGAGAGGAAACUAGAAAAGAAAAAGCAGAAGGAGAAGGAGCAAGUGGGAUCUACUGGGCAAGGUGGAGACCUAAUGUCAGAUCUCUUCAACAAAUUGGUCCUCCGGCGCAAAGGCAUCUCAGGCAAAGGACCAGCAGCUGGUGGAGACAGCAAUGCGCCCAACGUGCCAGCUGGAGCCUUUGGCCGCAUCUCAGACACCAUCCCCCCCUUGCCACCUCCACAACAACCAGCUGGAGAAGAGGAGGAUGACUGGGAGUCCUAGACAGUACUUCAAAAGGCAACAUAUGGAGGCUUAACAGAGGCGCAUCUUGUUCUUUUGACAUUUCCAUCUUUUUGAGAACGCUUAACUUAACAGUGCAUAUUGCCAUUUUGCCAUCCAAUCCAGAACAGCAACGUGAACAUAAUUACGCACUUAGAAGAACCUGCUACUAUGCAACUUGUGUUCAGGGAUGACAGCCAGUUUCCAUCUUAGAAAAUGGUCGAACAUGGCAUGUGAAAAAGUUUAUAGGCAUUUUGGCGUCUGUAGCAAGACUCAGCUUGCUGGGAACUGGGAGGUUUCAAAGGGUAGCCAGCUACUGCUGGGAACAGCUUCUAUUUUCUUUCAACACUCAUAUCCUUUUCAGCUCUAUAAAGAAGGAUAUUUGUCUGUUUGGUGCAAUUAUUGUAUAUAAAUAAUCAUUUAAUUCAACUACUUACUUUGACUGCCCUAAAUGAAAACCUGAAAGAAGCCUGUUUUCGCAUCUGUGUGCAAUAAGAAUCCAUUUCAGGGGACAAAACUGGAACCCAGAGUGAUGAAUCGUUAGCUUGAAUAUAGGAAAAAGUAUUAACCUCUUUCAAAAAAAGCACACUUUGCUUUAACUUCCUUGUCCUGUCUUCUUACUUUCAAUUACUCGUUGUGGAAGAUAGUAUUUGUUUUCAGCAUCAGGAUGGAAACUCAGUGUGUUAAGACAAUACUAAGCAGUUCAGUUGUUCUGGGUAUCUUUGCACACCGGUAGAAAUGUUUCUCAGGAUAUCCACCUAAGUGAGAUUUCUGGGCAAUUAUAACCAUGUUAGAAUACC